AUGGCGCCUCAAUUUCAUCAAACCAUCUUAAUCACGGGUGCCACUUCUGGCCUUGGAUAUCAGUGUGCGUUGGCUGUUGCUCGCCAAUGUCCAGAACGUCAAGUCAUCAUUGCAGCGCGUUCAGAUCCGAACGCAUGUGCCGCGUCCAUCAACCGUCAGUUAGGCCAAAGCAACGCUGCGUUCCGGCCACUUGAUCUGUCAAGCCUAGCCAACAUUCGUCAGUUUUCUUCAGAAUGGGACAGUAGUUCGUUUCCUCCUAUCCAGGCUCUGGUCAUGAAUGCGGCACUGCAGUUUCCUGGCGACGUCGAAUACACCGUCGAUGGAUUCGAAAAGACCUUUGGGAUAAGUCACAUCGGUCACGCCCUUCUAUUCCAUCUGUUGCGACCUCAUUUAGUAGACACGGCUAGGAUUGUCAUCGUAUCCAGCGGCACACAUGACCCAGCUCAAACAACUGGUAUGCCAGCUGCUGUAUACAACUCUGCUGAGGAACUCGCGCAUCCGACUCCCGAGACAUCCAAGAACAAGGGUCGGCAACGGUAUACUAGUACCAAGUUGGCAAAUGUUCUCUACUGCUACGCUCUACAUGAGCGUUUCAUGGCGAUUACGAGGGAGAGCGACAAGAAGAUACGUUGGGCGGUUUCUGCUUUUGACCCAGGAUUAAUGCCAGGAACGGGAUUGGCCAGAGAAGCUACGGCUAUGAGCAGGUUCUUCUGGCUACACGUGCUGCCUGUUAUCUUACCAGUCCUGAGGCUGUUUCUCACGCCGAACAUUCACAGUCCGAAAGACUCUGGGGAGACAUUGGCGCGUUUGGCAGUCGGUGAGGACGUUGAGGGGCUGAGUGGUGUUUAUUACGAAGGUGAAAGGCAAAUCAAAUCCAGUGCGGCAAGUUACGAGAAGAGUAGUCAGGAAGACUUGUGGCUAUGGACGGCAAAGACGCUUGGUAGAGACGAGGCGGAGAGGUCGAGAUUUGCGCUGCAAGAUCUAUUGCAAGCUAGAACAUAG